GCCAAGAGGCGACCCGUGGUUGUUCGGUCUCUUGCCGCUUCGCCAUUUUGCAGCAUCUUGUGCUAGACCUGAGAGCUUAAGAUAUCUAAGUUCAUAAAUUUUUGAUAAUCUUCUGUAGUUAACGAAGCUUUUAAUAAGGUUCAAAGAUAUUCUCAUCAGUAUGUUUUAGAUCAUUGCUGCAGUGCUUUUGUGGACUGUGCUGCGACUUGCACCCGUGCCAGUAGCCUUGCUACGGUCGGCUUGUGUUGCUCCUUCUUGCUACUCUUUGACUGCACCAAGUCCGUGCAAGGCUGUCCUUGCGUCCAUUGUUUACAUAGGAAGAGCAACCACAUCAACUGUCACCACGACUACCCACAUAACUAACCCGGCUGCCUCCGCCACCAUGAUGCCUUUUCGCAGCCGUGCAAAGGUUUAUGCGGAGGUCAACACUCAAAGGCCCCAAGAUUAUUGGGAUUACGAGUCUCAUCUAAUUGAGUGGGGACAACAAGAUGAUUACCAGCUCGUCCGCAAACUGGGGCGUGGAAAAUACAGUGAGGUGUUUGAAGCCAUCAACAUCAACAACAAUGAGAAGUGUGUAGUCAAAAUUUUAAAGCCCGUGAAGAAAAAGAAAAUUAAGCGCGAGAUAAAAAUCUUGGAGAACUUGCGAGGAGGUACCAACAUCAUCACGCUGCAGGCUGUGGUUAAAGAUCCCGUGUCACGCACUCCUGCUCUUGUCUUUGAGCAUGUCAACAACACGGACUUCAAGCAGCUCUACCAGACACUCAAUGAUUAUGACAUAAGAUACUACCUCUACGAGCUUCUCAAGGCGCUAGACUACUGCCACAGUAUGGGCAUCAUGCAUCGGGACGUGAAGCCUCACAACGUCAUGAUCGACCACGAGAACAAGAGACUGCGUCUCAUUGACUGGGGACUGGCUGAGUUCUACCACCCUGGCCAAGAGUACAACGUUAGAGUAGCGUCUAGAUAUUUCAAAGGUCCCGAGCUUCUCAUAGACUACCAGAUGUAUGACUACUCUCUGGACAUGUGGUCGUUAGGAUGCAUGCUAGCUAGCAUGAUCUUCAGGAAGGAACCUUUCUUCCAUGGCCAUGACAACUAUGACCAGCUUGUCCGCAUUGCAAAAGUGCUUGGCACUGAAGAACUCUUUGAAUAUGUUGAAAAGUACCACGUAGAACUGGAUCCACGCUUCAAUGACAUCCUUGGCAGGCAUUCGCGCAAACGGUGGGAGCGUUUCGUCCAUCACGAGAACCAACACCUCGUGUCUCCUGAGGCAUUAGACUUCUUGGACAAACUGCUCCGGUACGACCACCAAGAGCGCCUUACCGCCCACGAGGCCAUGGAGCAUCCAUACUUCGCGCCCAUCGUUAAGGACCAGGGCAUCAUGAUAGGGUCCCCUGCCCCUCAGCAGGCUGCUGCUCCUGUCAUUUCCGGCAUACAGGAUUAGACGAAUCUGAGUCGCCCUCAAGUGGGUGCUAUCGAGGGCGCAGUCGGUGGUGGUGAGGAAUCAGCCUCGUCUUCACGUUCCUUGCAUUAUGCUCACGAACAUUUCGAGUUCUGACGCGUUUAGAGCUGUGACAUCCUCGUGACUUCAAGUCUCUUUGCUGCCAUCACUAAUCAUGGGAAUACAAACGUUCUUAAUAUUAUUGGUAUGCUGCCAUGCAGGUACCGCGUGUUUAUUUUUUUUUUUUAGGUUGGAAUGAAGUUCGGCAUGGGAAGUAUGCCUUCCUUGCUUAACACUGAAUAGACGAUAUCGUUUCGUCUGGUGAAGUGCAUGUAUAUUACUUGUAUACAAAAAGCGUGUAGUUUUCUUUUGAUACUUUCCUAAUGAUCCUGAUAUAGAGAAACCUCUGGUUAAGCGUCCAAUCGCUUCGUUAAUUUGAUCGCCCAUGUGGACCAAUCGCGAUGAGUUCACUACAAGCGUUGAUUCUUGGACCACGAUGAGCAGCUAUUUCAGGAUGUGGCCUUUUUUUUUGUUCCUUCAUAGAGGUAAUAAUCGUAAUUUGUUUGUGGUAUUUAGUGGCUUUCCAAUUAUUUCGUCUAAAUACGUGUUGUGUCUCGGUUAUAAUGCUCCGAAAUCGUGUUGACUUAGAGCAAAGUAAAUUAUCCCAACUUUCAUGUUCUAGUCUUAGUGGAAGCCUUCGCGCUGCUUAAAACAAUGUCAACUAAAAUUUUAUUUAUGUUCCUUGUGAUAUCUGGCCUCACAUAAGCAGCUUCAUAUUUCUCAGUCUUUGACCCAUUCAGUACUCAUAAAUAACGGAAUUGGUUUUAGAUAUAUUUGCAACGUGAAUGAUUUGGGUUUCGGAAUUGAAAUGAUCGCUGUAAACCUUGUAAAUAUAAUAGAUACUUCUCGAGGCAUUUUCAUGACAAAAUUAUAUAGUGUGCGGCGUAAAGGUUCAUAUUUUCUGUUAUCAGAUCUUUAGCUCAUACUUCCCAGAAUCUGGUCGAUGAAAUCUUUUGUAAAUCAAAGCAGAAAAAGUGCCCUUGGAGACGUUAAAAGCGACUUUUUAAACAAUGGCUUUAUAAUAGAUUUAUGUGGAGAAAACUGUUACUGAUCUGAAAGAGGUUGCGUUUUAAUUAAAUUAUUGAUUUUGUUCUGUUAAUAAGUGUUCAUCAUUUGCAGGUAGAAGCUAUUUAUCUGCCUUGUUGCCAGGAAGCAUUUCCAUUAUUUGACCUUGAUAAAAUAUCUCCAAUGCACGAACGGAUUCAAUCUUUAAUAACUCAUGCCUGCGCGAUCGUUGUUUUUUUAGUAAGAAUGACGUUGCCUAUGAAGAUGUUUGUGAUACUAAUGUUGGAAAAAUGUGUUAGCUUUGAUGGUAUUAUUUAUAAAUAAGAGCCAUUCGCCUAAUAUGCCAUGACUGUGGCAUUAAUGCUACCUAUCUAGUUACUGGUGACGGUAUUCAAGUUGACGUCAUUGAUAGCUAGAUACUCGAAUAGACUCAGACAAGCGUAGUGUUGUGCUUUAGAUAUCACGUGUUAUGAAUGUCGCCUUCACAACCUGUCGGCACGUUGUUCAAGAGACCUAUCUUCGACACCCAUGUGCCAGAAUGCGAUUUGUUUUUCGCGGUUGAAUUUAGAUUUCAGGCUGUCGGGGGGUUGUUAUCGAUCAAUAGCAGGACUUGUGUACGUUGUACAUUAUCUUAUAAAUAAUAAAACUAUCAAGUGAA